AUUAUCUAGUAGGUAGGCACUCUCCAAUCUUCAGUAAAUUUGUGGAUCACCAACCAAUUUUGCUAUAUUUUACAAACUCACUUAAGAUGGCCCGUCUCUAUGAUUCUCGCACCACGAUCUUUUCGCCGGAGGGCCGUCUCUACCAGGUGGAAUACGCCAUGGAGGCAGCCUCGCAGUCGGGCACCUGCCUGGGCAUCCUGGCCAGGGAUGGUGUCCUCUUGGCCACCGAGCGGACCACCAACAAGCUCUUGGACUCCAGCAUUCCUGCCUACAAGAUCUGUCGCUUGAACGCGGACACGGCCUGCUGUGCCACCGGCAACACGGCGGAUGGCAAUGUGCUGACCAGCGAGUUGAGAUUGAUCGCCCAGCGCUAUGCUUCCACCUACGGCGAGGUGAUCCCCUGCGAGCAGCUGGUCUCCAAUCUCUGCGACGUCAAGCAGGCGUAUACGCAAUACGGUGGCAAGCGGCCCUUCGGCGUGUCGCUGCUCUACAUGGGCUGGGACACCCGCUUCGGGUUCCAGCUCUACCAGUCCGAUCCCAGCGGAAACUACAGUGGCUGGAAGGCCACCUGCAUAGGCCGGAAGUCCGGAGGGGCCACGGCAAUGUUGCAGCAGGAACUGCUCCCCAAGGAAUACCUGAAUCCCUCCCUGGAGGACGCCAAGGAUGUGGCCAUCAAGGUUCUGGCCAUGACCUUGGAUGAGUUCAGCGCCUCCAGGGUGGAAAUGGUCACUCUGGAGCGCAUUGAUAACUUCACCAGCUGCAAAGUUCUGGGUGUUGCUGAGAUCCAAAGGCUCAUCGAGAAGUACAACAUCAUGCAGGCCCAGGCCGCUAGGCGAAUGCUGAGAUUGUUUUAGUUAUAUUUAUAUUUUUUAUGACCUGUUCUUUAUAGAGAAGUUAAAAUAAAUCAUACAAAUGUUGA